GUCAUUACCACCCCUCCUCUCUCUGUGUGUUGCGUGUCUCUCUCUCUCUCUGUGUCUCUCUGUGUGUUUCUCUCGUGUGUGUUUGUCGGUGUGUGUCUAUGACGAUCUUCGCGUUUUGAGUCCACCAGCUGCUGUGAUUAGUCAGUCGGGUUUACUUACUCUCUGUGUGUGUGUGUCUGUGUGUGUGUGUGUCUCCACGUGUUAAUCGGCAGAGGCUUCGUCAAGGGCUUCUCGCCCGUGGCAACUUUGCGAGGUCUGGGAGACACCACAAGAUCAGAAAGCCCCUUUGCGGCGUAGAGAAAGGAACCGUUGAGGGACCACCAGCGAGAUGUCAUACGGUGCCAUCGGGGAUGGCAAAGAUGCCCUGCUCGAUCCGCAUGGCCAGGAGUCCCAAGCAGAGGAGUUCCGGGAGCUCUCCCAAGAGAUCAGCAAGAACAUCUUCCAGAUUAAUGGAAGUGUGUCCGCGCUGGAUAAACAGCUGCAGAAGCUGGGAGCAACGUCGGACAGCAGUGACCUGCGGCAGCAGCUGCACAACCAGCAGCAACGGAGCAACCAGCUCAUCACAGACACCGCAUCAUCGCUCCGCCACCUUGCCGAUCUCGCCAGAAAAUCCACCAAGCAAGAUCGGCUGCAGCUUGACCGCCUCAAGAGCCAGUUUUCAGAGACGCUGAAAAGCUACCAGCAGACGCAGAAGAAAAUUUCCCAGAAAACAAAAGAGGUCAUCAGCAGCGAGCAGCGAGCGGCCUUCCAGAGUUCCCAGGAUGAGCACGGCUGGGAGAGGAAGAAGAUGGUGUCAGCCGAGUCGACAGAGAAACAGCUGACGCACGAGGACCUGGAGGACAUCCAAGUGCGGCAUGAAGCCAUUCAACAACUGGAGAGCGAUCUGCUCGAUGUGAAUUCCAUUUUCAAGGACCUCGCUUCCAUGGUGCACGAACAAGGCGGCACUAUCGACAGCAUAGUUCACCAUGUGGAGCGCGCAUCUUCGAACGUGGAGGGAGCUAAUGAGAACCUCGUAACGGCCAGCAAACACCAGGCGAAAUCUCGCAAGAAGACCUGCUUCAUUAUUAUAGGUGCCAUUGUGGUGUUAGGCAUCAUAGGCUUGAUAAUUGGCCUGACUGUCAAAAAAUAAUCUCCCCCCUUAGGUUGCUGCUGCUGCUGCUGAUGCUUAUUCUUCUCUGGAAAAUUAAAGAUACAAUUUUUGUAAAGUACCUUCUGACAACAUGCGUGUUGAACUUCUUUCACACCAUACGUAGCCGACCGCGUUAAUCGGAGGUGCGGGGUAAGGACAACAAACUAAACACAAAAAGCAGUUUUGAAGAAAUGAGUUUUCAAUCUAGAUUUUUUAAAGUGCAUCGCUCCACAACCAAUGUUAUGAUUCGUAAUUAUUCUUUUGGGGUAAAAUGCCAAUGUGUUGUACACCCUCCACCACCCGGCAAAGUCACGUGAACAAACGCACCAAUCUUCUUGGUUCUUUCGGUAAAGUCACAUAGAAGGGAAGUAAUAAAAUAAUAAAAAUAAAAAAUAACAAAAUGGUGUUAAAAAUAAAACAUAACAAAAUGGUGUUAUGUUUUAUUUUUAUUAUUUCAUUACUUCCCUUCUACGUGACUUUACCGAAAGAACCAAGAAGAUGAAUCCCUGCAGUCAUGAAAGCUUUAAAUCGAAACGCAACAAUGUUAUCAACGCUUCAGCAGUACCUCCGGUGCGUUGGAGUACAACAUGUUGUGGAUUGCUCUCGACACAACGGCGACACGUGUGACGGCAUUAUUUAUUUGGCUGUGUCGGGUGAAGGAGGUUAUACUCUCGUGGCGAUCUGACCCAAAACAUGAAUUAUGGGUCAAAGUUCCUCCUGCAAAACAUGUGCUUGCAGGCUUAGCAAUAAGAUGAUACGAUACGUUGAUUUUGUAUACUGCUUGUUUUUUUUUAUGUCUCGUUUUCGGAUAUUAUGACAACAAUGGUACACUAUCAAAGUAAGAGUCUUGCACUAGAUAUUUUAACAAAAAUCCUGCUAUCAGAAUCAUUGGAUAAGGUCGGAAUUAGUGGGUGAUUGCGAGGCGAUGCCCAGGGCAAGAUAAGAAGCAUCUGCGGCCCUUUUCUUUUGCUUAUAGAACCCAAACCCUGUGGAACUGUCACCGCCUCAGAUAUGAGGGACUGCCCGACCAUCCAAAGCUUUAAAUAAGUAAAUAAUAACGUUUCCCUGUUCAAGUUGGCAUUUAGAGAUGACGUUUAAAAUAGCUUUACCAAAUGAAUUGUUUUCGAGUCACCUAUUUAAUGUAUUUUUAAAUUGCAUGGUAUUAAUGUCUUAUUUGGAGAAUAAUAAUUUAUGCACAAGGGACCGUGGUUUGAAGAAAGGUGCCUUUAAAUAAAUAAACGUUGACUGAUAUUCCCCACUAAUAUAAACAUUGAGGUUGUGUACAAUUGUCGAUCGUGACGAUUGCCCCUUAAGCGAUGCAUCCUGAACUCGCAACGAUCUGAGGUUAAAGUGGCACACGUGAAGAGUGUCAUAGGUAUUGUACUACAAUUUAUAAGUACUGUACUAAAAGUGAUAAGUACUGUGUCAACAUGCUAACAGUUAUAAGAAUAGGUUUUACCCUUUCUGGCAAUAAAACAGUUGUGUUAAGAUGUUUAAACACCAAACAGAAACCUUUUGCAAGGAAUCUUGUCUGCAUUAACCACAUAUACUUGUCGUGAACAUGCAAACACAAAAACAUGCUCUGGUAGUGGAUGAUGCAUUGUCUUUGAAACUGAUUGGUCCACACCAGAGACAGCUUUCUUUAGAGCCUCGUCUCAAACGGUGUUAGACCAGAGGACGCCAAAAGGCGAACAGAAAGGGUAAAACCUAUUCUUAUCUAUUGAUACUGGCAAAGGAGGUCCCAUGAUGUGCUAAUAUAUUGAUCUGAAUGAAAGAGAUGAUUAACCCUAACCCGUUUCAUUGUGCCAUUUUUUCCCUAUGCCAUUUCUACCACGCCAAUUUUUCCAACGCAGUUUUCAUCACAAACACGGUCUCUUAACUCCUUACGACAUGUCGCUCCGUCUUUCUUUGCGUUUUUUAAACGAACCCGUGUCGGAUAUCGCAGUGAUGCACGGACAAUAUUUAUCCUGUAAUAGACGCCGCGUGUGUACGCGUAUAUGUCUCAGCGGGUGGCUCAAGCACAGCAAGUUGGCACAGUAGGGGGCAGAGGU